UGGAUUGGAUCUAAGAUGAAUGACGAGCCAGAGGUUUAUGUAAAUAUACGCACAUGUAUAAAUAUGGACAGCAAUCAAAAAUCAAGAAGCGGCGUAUUUUCAUUAUUCAUUGCAGUAAUACUGGUCAAACACACAUUGGCUGAUGUGUUACAAUGUUAUAAGUGCUCCGUAUCUAUAGAAAAAUAUGUGGUAGACAAUAAAACGAUGACGACACCACUAUGCUCAAAGUUUCAAGAGUCUUCUAAUUAUAUGGUGCAGUGUCCAUAUUCAACAAUGUGUUUGAAAUCUAUUUCAAUACUACACCUACAAAAUGGACAAGAAAAAGAAGCUAUUACCAGGGGAUGCGCUCAACAAAAAAAUACUACACAGAUUUUUCGCAAUAAGCAGUGGGAACAAGAACAUUUGGUUCAAGAAGUGUAUGAUGAAGGAUGUAGACCCAUAAUCAACGAUCUUUCGGGAGGAUCAAUAAAAAGACAUUGCUAUUGCCGCGGAAAUCUUUGUAAUACAGCUGGUUCUUUUAACACUAAAAGUAAUGUAUUACUUACGCUGUUUUUCGUUUGUAGCAUCUACCAAAAGUUUUAAAACAACCGAUAACUUGAGUAGCUUACUCUGGUGGUAACUGUUUUUUAUAUUGAGUCUUUAAGUUAACGUACACUUUUGACACAAUUCGUCCGCAGUGUUGAUAAUGGACCAGUUAUUAAAAAAAGAAAAUGUUUUUGUUUACUGAGUUUUCCAAAAAGGUUUUUCUUUGUAUAUAAUAAUUCUGAAAAUAACUUGUAGAAUCCUAAUAAAGUAUGGAAGAUGUUAGGAGAUAAUUAAAUUAGCUGUAUUAAUUGCCUAAUAAUGUUGGAGAUUUUUAUAGAUUAUUAAACAUCUAAUAAGUUAAAAUACGACUCCUAAGAUAACAAACUAUUUCGAUUUUUUUUUAAUGCGUGGUAUGAGUACUAGGAGCUACUAAUGGUUUAUAAUCAAAGCAAAACCUUUUGGUGGAAAAAAAGCAUAACAAGUAAUAUUUUUGUAUAGCUAUGAACAUACACUUUACAUCUUUUAUAACCUUAUGUAUUAUUUAUAUUGAUAAAGCUGAACAAGCGUGGGGUUGGUCAUUCUCGCACACUUGACUUUGCUCAAAAAUAGAGAACGCACUUUCCGCUUUUUUUGGGAAAAAGAAAACAUAGUCAAAGGUCGGCAAAGGUUAGAAUUAAUGAGCAUAGUAAGGGUUCCCGAAUCCAACUUUGAGUCUUGAACACAGCAAGGGAGGAGCAAGUUACGGGUUCUCGACAGUACACAUAAAAAAUUCCGAAAAGUCGCCCAAGCGAUGGCGAAAAGAACCCAAAAUAUUAAAUUAUAUACUUCUAUCAAA